AAUCGUGCGUUUGCGGCGGUUCGGGACUAACUUCCUUGCGAGUGCCUUUCUCACGAUCACAAUCCUUGAUUCUGACGCAAACUAUCCACCUCCUCACUGAUCGUGUAACGCAGUGGAGGCGACCCAUGCUUUUGUGUCGGUGCCUAGGUUAACGUGGAGACAACACCAUAUCACAAAGUUCAUAUUUUCAAGCUCCGAAGCCCACGGGGUGCAGAGUAGUUACAGGCUAAGUCGGGUCAUUAAAAAACAAACAAACAAACAAAAAACCUUAAGCCAAAACUGUUUUGCAUAUCCUAUAAACAGAUAAACAAAUUUAUAAUGUUUCCUCGUUCACACAUGGAAAAUACUUUGCAGCUCAUCACCUCUGUCUAGUUGCGUAGGAUUCGUCUUUUUGACGCCAAGUCCGGUGGUAGCUGUCCUCUUUGACAGUAGUUCUGGGACAUGCCUUAUCUGGACAGACAGAACCGCAUCUGUGGAUUCUUGGACAUAGAGGAGAAUGAGAAUAGUGGCAAGUUUUACCGGCGCUACUUUAUACUGGAUGCAUUGCGCAACUCUCUCCUCUGGUACAUGGACAAUCCACAGAAUUUACCAGAGGGAGCUAACAAUGUUGGAAGUUUGCGAUUGAGUUAUAUUUCAAAGGUUAAUGAAGUUUCAACCAAGCAGAAACCUAAGACAGAGUUCUGCUUUGUGAUAAAUGCUUUGUCCCGACGGUACUUCCUCCAAGCCAAUGAUGCUGUGGACCUAAAAGACUGGGUCAUCGCCCUAAAUAAUGCCACCAAAAUUACAGUUCCUAAAAUACCAGCAGUUACUCAGAGUACUGAUGCUGCCACUGUGAUAAGCCAAACUCAGGCAACAUCUCGACAGGCCUACAAAACAGAGAUUGUGGGAGGCGUAGUUGUUCACACACCAGUCCAACAGAAUGAAGCAGACGAUGUCUUUAUUGCUGAACCGGCAUCACAUGUGACGUUGAAAAGCUGCCAGAGUUUACGUCCCAAUGUUGUGAGAUCAGGCUACUGCGUCAAACAAGGCAAUGUGAGAAAAAGCUGGAAGAGGAGAUUUUUCAUUUUAGAUGAGCAGCAUGUGAGCUACUAUAAAAAUGAAACGGAUAAAGACGCUUUACGCAGUAUCCGCCUAAGGGACAUACAGAAAGUUCAUGAGUGCCUUGUAAAGUCGGGGGAGCUACUCUCACGUGACAACCUUUUUGAGAUCAUCACAAGUACAAGAACUUUCUACAUUCAGACAGACACGCCAGAAGAAAUGAAUGGCUGGAUAAAAGAUAUUGGAUCAAAAAUUCAAGACUUUCGAGGACCAUCAAAGACACAAAGUUAUCGUUUCUCUGGUUCUGGACAAGGAAAGCCCCCCCUUCUAAAAUCCUGUUCCGUGGUGCAGUCGUGGCAGCCAUGGACGCCUGUCCCAAAGCAGACAACACCACAGAAGGAGGAAGAGUUGAGAGACAGCAGUUUCUGCUCUCUGCCCUCACUCUCUCGCCCAGGCGAGCGCUUGCAGUCACAAGUGCGCCAGAGGCAUCACUCCCAGCCACAGCCAGCUUCUAAGCAUACAGACUUCCCUAUGGAUACAGACGUGCAUGUCCGCACUACGGAUGUAUAGAUGUUUCCUCUGCUAUUGCUGCUCACCAGUGCAUUCUUUGUGUUGCAUAAUUUCAACUUUUUUUAAAUUGUGCUUUUUUUUUUCUUUUUUUUUUUCCUUCAAAGGAAGGUCUAAACGUUU